UGUGACCCCGCCCCUCGGCCCGCCCCUUCCGGCGACCUCCCGAACCACUUCCGGCGGUGGCUUCCUACCUUGCUCCGCAGCUCCCCCAGCUCGGUCCCAGCCCCUCGCCCCGUCGGCGCGCCGGGAGGCCUCCUGUCGGUCUGUAGGCCCCUGCCGUCCCGCCCCGUGCACCGCAGGGCUGCCUCCUCCGAGGGGUACAAUGUGCUGCGAGAAGUGGAGCCACGUGGCCGAAAUGUUUCUCUUUAUCGAAGACCUGGAGGAGGAUUAUAAGAUCCUUUGCCUCUGCUCCCGGGCAUUUGUAGAAGAUCGAAAAUUGUGCAAUUUGGGAUUAAAAGGCUACUAUGUUAAAGGCAACGGCAACAGUGCAGGAGACCAAGCUACAGAAGAGGAGGAAAGUUGUAAUUUCCAUGGCAAUAAAGAAUCAUGUGAUAGCAAAGGCAUAGACCUAGAUGAAAGUGAACUUGAUUCUGAGACUGAACUCAUGAAAAGUAUGGGACUGCCACUUCAGUUUGGUGGGAUGUCUGCACAUAAGAAUUUUGAGGUGUCUAUGAAUACUAGAAAUAAAAUUAAAAUAAAAAAGAAAAAGAAAAAACAUCAAAAGAAGUACUUAGAUGAGAUGAUAAAAGAAUCUUGGAGACAAGAAUAUGAAGAAGAUGACAUUUUGGCCUCAGAUGAUCCAUCUUCAGUUGAACAGUAUGAGAACACCAGAACACGUAAACUAAAACCCACAAAAGACACUGAAACUGAAAGCCUUUCUACUGAAAGUACAUUAUCUCCAAAGCUAGAAAUUACAGAAAAAUGGGAAAAGUACUGGAAUGAAUAUGGUGGAGAACUACUAUGGCAAAGCUGGCAAGAAAAACAUUCAGAUCAAACACUGUGUUCUGAACCUUGGAACGUUCCUGAUACCAAGGAAGAAUGGGAGCAACAUUAUAGUCAACUUUAUUGGUAUUAUUUGGAACAAUUUAGGUAUUGGGAAGCUCAGGGUUGGACUUUUGAUGCCUCACAAAGUUGUGGUGCAAGUAUGUGUGGGCCUAAAACAGAAGUUGACAACGAGAAAGAUGAAAAUUGCAUGAAAGCAGACUUACUUUCUUUAACAUCUUCAUCAAUAGGUUGUAAAAGCUCUAAUUCAAGUGAAAAAGAUCAUAACGAGCUACUUGAUGGAAUUAGUAAGAUAAGUCUGAAUUCAGGGAAACCAGAAGAGACCCAGUUAGAGUCAUCUGUAAGUUCUGACGGACAUCAGUGGCUAAAUGAAGUUAACAGCAGAAGAGAAUGCCCUUCUGGCCAAAGUGAGUCAUGUAAUGGAGGAGCCAAGGAAAGCAACUUGUCAGGGAACAGCGCAAAUCAACCAGCUCAGGAUUCACAGAAGUCUUCAGAAGCAAACACAAUCCAAGGAAAACCACCUCCCAACAAGACUGAUGGAGAUGAGAGUGAAGAAGAUCCACCUGAAUGUCAGCCAAGCAAACUCAAGAGGAGCCAUGAGCUGGACAUCGAUGAGAACCCAGAUUCAGACUUUGAUGACAAUGGUGCCCUUCUAGGAUUCAACCAUGGCUCCGGACAAAAAUAUGGUGGAAUUUCACAUUUCAGUCAUAGACGGGUCAGAUAUCUACAGAAGAAUGUGAAGUAUAAGUCAAAGUUCUUGGACAUGAGAAGACAAAUAAAUUUGAAAAAUAAACACAUUUUCUUUACUGAAGACACAGAAAAAAAAUGUUUUAAGAAAAGCAAAACUUUGAGUAAGGUAGAAAAGUUUCUAAAAUGGGUUAACGAACCAAUGGAUGAGGAAGCAUCACAGGAGUCAGUUUCUCAUGACGAUGUGCAAGACGCUUGCACAAGCAGUGAUUCAGAAGAGCAGGGAGUGUCUGUUACCAAAGAGGAGGAGCCACUGGAGAUGAGCAAUCCAGAGCCUGCCGAGGGUCAUGCCAUACCUUCAGCUGGUGAACCUGAGACAGAAAAGAAUGAAGGGGACAGCACCGGAGCAGCUGUCACAGAUAAGGAGGAUUGUGUUGCUCAGGAUAUACCAGAUUCUCUUCAGGUGGAAACUGAAGCUGAAAUUAAAAAGAAGAAGAAGAAGAAAAACAAGAAUAGGAAGGUAAUCAGUCUGCCUCCUGAAAUAGCUGCUGUUCCUGAGCUGGCAAAAUACUGGGCCCAGAGGUACCGGCUCUUCUCCCGUUUUGAUGAUGGAAUUAAAUUGGACAAAGAGGGCUGGUUCUCAGUUACACCUGAGAAGAUUGCUGAACACAUUGCUGGCCGGGUCAGUCAGUCCUUCGAGUGCGACAUUGUAGUGGAUGCAUUUUGUGGAGUCGGAGGAAAUACCAUUCAGUUUGCCUUAACUGGAAAGAGAGUGAUUGCCAUUGAUAUUGAUCCUGUUAAGAUUGAUCUUGCUCGCAAUAAUACAGAAGUGUAUGGGAUAGCAGACAAAGUCGAGUUCAUCUGCGGAGAUUUCCUGCUGCUGGCUCCUCAGUUAAAGGCCGACGUUGUGUUCCUCAGCCCCCCUUGGGGAGGGCCAGACUACGCGACUGCAGAGACCUUUGACAUUAGGACAAUGAUGUCUCCUGAUGGCUUUGAAAUUUUCAGACUUUCUCAGAAGAUCACUAAUAACAUUGUUUAUUUUCUUCCAAGAAAUGCUGAUAUUGACCAGGUGGCAUCCUUAGCUGGGCCUGGAGGGCAAGUGGAAAUAGAACAAAACUUUCUUAAUAAUAAACUGAAGACAAUCACUGCUUAUUUUGGGAACCUGAUUCGAAAACCAGUCUCUGAAUCAUAACUGAGAUGGUACAAGGACAGAAAGAUCAUGUAGCAGUCAGAACAUUAUUCAGAGACAAUUGCAAUUUCUUUCUCUAUUUGCUGAUCUAUUAAACCAGGGGUCCUCAAACUACGGCCCGCGGGCCACAUGCAAAUACAAAUAUUGUAUUUGCUCCCGUUUUGUUUUUUUACUUCAAAAUAAGAUAUGUGCAGUGUGCGUAGGAAAUUGUUCAUAGUUUUUUUUUUAAACUAUAGUCCGGCCCUCCAAUGGUCUGAGGGACAGUGAACUGGCCCCCUGUUUAAAAAGUUUGAGGACCCCUGUAUUAAACCCAUAAUCUUAUAUCACUAUAUAAAAUGGAAAGUUACAGAAGAUUAAUGAAGUACUUAGAGAUCUUUAAGUAAUAUUAACUACUAGUAUGUGUAUUCAUUAGGAUAGUAAGUGUCUGAUAGGGAAAAGGUAGGCUUUCUCUUGUACUUACUAGUAAUAUCAGUCAGCAUGUAUGUGUGUAUAUAUGUGCCUAUGUCUGUUUUUUAAAAAUAUUUUAUAUAUUUUGGUUAACAUCUUUGUGUGUGUGUGUGUGUGUGUGUGUGUGUGUGUG